CCCAAUAGUGCGGAAGUAUCAGGCUGCCCAUCACCAGCACCAAGUAGCAUUGGUAACAACGCACUAAAAAUAUGGAACACUGGUCCCCAACAGAGUAUUUGUUGAGGAUAUCUGCCAGCACGACAGAGCAGGAUUUGUUGGAGUUAUUUUCACAAUAUGGGACUGUCAAGGCCACGAAGAUCAUCAGUGACCGGGCAGGAGUUUCUAAGGGCUAUGGUUUUGUCACCUUUGAGACAGAAGAGGAUAGCUAGGAGAAUUACACAAGAGGCUGAUAACAUAAUGCUAAAGGACAGAAAAUUGAAUAUUGCACCUGCAAUCAAGAAACAAGUCAGUGAUGUUGGUUAUAUGAAGACCUACUCCCCACACUUAAUAGAGGGCAACAAUAGUGUAGUGGGAACUGGUGGGACUAUGUUCUUUGGUAACGGAACAUCAUACGCGACGUAUGGGAACCAGGUACCCGUCAUGGCUCCAACAGAAUACCACCCAACAUUCCCCCAAGCUCCAGCGGCACCCACUACGGCUUCAGCUUAUCCUACUAUCAUGUACCCCCAGCAUCUGUACUACCCACAGCAGUACCAGUACCAGCCUACACAAACUGUUCAGCCACAGUGGGGAGCUGCACCACAAUGGAGAUGGUAUACUCCUGUUUCGUAUUCUCAGCAGCCUGCUGGCAGUUACAUAUCUAGUGAUGGAAUGUACACACAAGCCUCGCCAACCUACAUCGUACCUGACAGAACCUAUUGAGCAGUCCCCAUUUCCAACAUUCCUGGGUAUAGUCCCCAGCAGUGUUUGGUUGACCCCAGCAGCCCAACACGAGGGGAUCUUACCACAGCUUCUGCUCCGGGAAGCUCACCCUACACCUCCUCCCCUCUCACCUCUGCCUGCCCCCCUACACCCACCACU